AUGGCUUUUCCUGCAGGAUUUGGCUGGGGGGCAGCUACUGCAGCUUAUCAAGUGGAAGGAGGCUGGGAUGCAGAUGGAAAAGGCCCUAGUGUCUGGGACACAUUCACCCAUCAGGGAGGAAAGCGAGUUUUCAAGAACCAGACUGGCGAUGUAGCUUGUGGCAGCUACACUCUGUGGGAGGAAGAUUUGAAAUGUAUCAAACAGCUUGGAUUGACUCAUUACCGCUUCUCUCUUUCCUGGUCACGUCUGUUACCUGAUGGGACGACAGGUUUCAUCAACCAGAAAGGUGUUGACUAUUACAACAAAAUUGUUGAUGACUUGUUGAAGAACGGGGUUAUCCCCAUUGUGACUCUUUUCCACUUUGAUUUGCCCCAGGCUUUAGAAGACAAGGGAGGCUGGCUGUCAGAAGAAAUCAUUGAAUACUUCGACAAAUAUGCCCGGUUCUGCUUCAGUACUUUUGGUGAUCGAGUCAAGCACUGGAUCACCUUAAAUGAGCCCAACCUUUAUGCUCUGCUUGCAUAUGAUUUGGGGAUUUUUCCUCCAGCUGUACCUCACACUGGAACUGGAGGUUAUCAGGCAGUUCAUAAUUUGAUUAAAGCACAUGCCCGAAGCUGGCACAGCUAUGAUUCUUUAUUCAGAAAAGAACAAAAGGGCAUGGUGUCCUUAUCACUUUUUACUGCCUGGGUUGAACCGGCAGAUCCCAAUUCAGUGGCUGAUCAGGAAACGGCUCAGAGAGCCUUGGCCUUCCAAAUGGAUCUCUUUGCUAAGCCCAUUUUUCUUGAUGGUGAUUAUCCUGAAGUUGUCAAAUCUCAGAUUGCCUCCAUGAGUAAAAAACAAGGCUAUCCAUCAUCGAGACUGCCAGCAUUUACAGAAGAAGAGCAGAGCAUGAUCAAAGGCACCGCUGAUUUCUUUGCUGUGCAGUACUAUACCACUCGCUUAGUCAAGUACAAGGAGAACAAGCAAGGCGAAUUAAGUGUGUUAUGCGACUUGGAGAUUGAAACAUUUACAGAUCCAUCUUGGGAAUGUCUCGGUUGGAUCUACAUAGUACCACAGGGCUUACGCAGCCUUCUAAAAUACAUUAAGGAUACGUAUAAUAAUCCUGUAAUUUACAUCACGGAGAAUGGAUUUCCCCAGGAUGACCCGCCAACUUUUGAUGACACUCAACGCUGGGAUUAUUUCAGACAGACAUUUCAGGAACUGCUCAAAG